AUGGAGCCCCAGGAGGACACUCGGGAGAUUCUCCUGCCCAGCUGGGAGGGCAGCGGCUCCCACGGCAUCACCAUCGCCCAGACUGACCACGGCGUCUUCGUGCGCUGCGUCCAGCAGAACUCUCCGGCCGCGCGCAUGGGCGUGGUCAGGGAAGGGGAUCAGAUCGUGGGCGCCACCGUGUACUUCGACAAGCUGCAGUCGGGGGAGGCGGCGCAGCUGCUGCAGGCCAUGGGGCAGCACGCGCUGGGGCUGCGGCUGCAGCGCCCGGGUGACCGCUCGCCCCUGGCCGGACACGGCUGCGGCCAGCUGGACACCGUGCCCGGCAGCCCCGAGGUCGUGCUGAGCGGCGAUGACGAGGAGUACCGGCGCAUCUACACCACCAAGAUCAAACCGCGGCUGCGCUCCGAGGACGGCGCCGAGGCCGAGGCCGGGGCCACGCAGAGCAGAACCAUCACGGUCACCCGCAGGGUCACCGCCUACACCGUGGACGUCACCAGCCACGACGGCGACCUCGGCCUCAUCGGCGGCCCCGAAGCCAACGUCCAGAUCCCCGGCACCCCCGAGGGGCUUCACCUGCGGACAGAGCCCCAAAUUCCUGGGGGAGAAACUGGAAAAUCCCUCCCGGGCUGGAAGGGCUCGGCCGCCGUGCCGGGCUCGCCGCGGAUCGAGGCCAACGGACAGUUCGGAGAGCUGGACGGGUCAUUCCACGUGUCCGGCGGGGCUCCGUGUCCGCAGGGCGAGGUCACGGCCUCGUCCCCGCCCGUGGACGUGGGGAAGAUCAAGAUCCCGACGUUGAAAAUCCCCAAAUUCGGGUUCCAGGCCGGCGGCGAAGCCCCGCAGGUGGACGUCACCUGCUCGCCCACACCGGACGUUUCCUCCCCGUCCGGCCAGGCCCCGGUGCCGCAGGUGGACGUGGCCAUCAAAGGUGCCACCAAGGUCCCCUCAGCCCCGCUGGACGUCCCCGGCGCGGAGCUCGCGGACGGCGCCAAGGGGAAAAUCAAAAUCCCGCACUUGGCCUUCCCCAAGUUCACGGCCCAGGGCGACGGCGCCGCGCCCGCGGUGGAAGGAGAAUGGAAGGGCCCCGCCUUCAAAAAGGUGGAAACGCCCCAAAUUUCGCUGUCGGACGUGAACCUGAACCUGAGGGGCCCCCGAGGGGAAGGGGACCUGGCAGGACUUGGCCCCAAGGGGCUCCAGGUGGACGUGGCCGGGCCUGGGGGGGGCCUGAAGGGCGUGGAGGUGGACGCUGGCCUGAGGGGGCUGAAGGGAGGAGUGGACGUGUCCGUGCCCGGCGUGGGGGGCGAGCUGAGGGGGCCUCAACUGGACCUUAAAGGGCCCCAGGUUGGGGUGGAGGUGCCUGGGGUGGACAUCAAGGGGAGCGUCCAGAGCCCCCAAAUCGCCGUGCCCGACGUCGACCUGAGCCUCAAAGCGCCCGGAGCGAAGGGAAACCUGGACAUUUGUGCCCCAAAACUGGAAGGGGAGCUGAAAACCCCCGGGCUGGACAUCAAAGGCCCAAAAGUUGAGGUUGGGAGCCCAGAAAUGGAGAUCCAAGGGCCUGAGGGCAAACUGAAGUUCCCCAAGCUGAAAAUGCCGAAAUUUGGGGUGAAGGGAGAGAGCCCCAGCGUUGAUGUGACCCUUCCCAAAGGAGGGGUGGACAUCAGCGUCCCCAGCGUGGACAUCAGCGUCCCCAGUGUGGACAUCAAGGCCCCCAGCGUGGACAUCAAGGCCCCCAAAGUGGACAUCAAGGCCCCCAAAGUGGACAUUGAAGCUCCUGAAGUGGACGUUCAGGGCCCCGAGGGAAAAUUCAAGAUGCCCAAGUUCAAGAUGCCCAAAUUUGGGCUGAAGGGAGAAGACCCCGAGGUGGACGUGACCCUCCCCAAGGGCGGCCUGGACGUGUCCGGCCCCAGGGUGGACGUUGAGGCGCCGAGUUUGGACAUCCAGGGGCCCGAAAUGAACCUCAAGGCCCCCAAAAUCUCUGUGCCGGACGUCGGCCUGACCCUGAACGGCGCCAAGGCCAGCGGCGACCUGGACGUGUCCGUGCCCGGCUUGAAAGGCCCCGAACUGGACAUCAAAGGCCCCAAAGUCGAGGUGGAAGCCCCAAAUUUGGACAUCCAAGGGCCUGAGGGCAAACUGAAGUUCCCCAAGCUGAAAAUGCCAAAAUUUGGGGUGAAAGGAGAGAGCCCCGAGCUGGAGGUGACCCUGCCCCAGGGCAGCGUGGACGUUUCAGGGCCUGAGGGGAGCUUCAAAACCCCCCAGAUCUCCCUGCCCGACAUCGACCUCAACCUCAAGGGGCCCAAGGUCAAGGCAGAUUUGGAUGUUUGUGCCCCAAAACUGGAAGGAGAGCUGAAAACCCCCGGGCUGGACAUCAAAGGCCCCAAAGUCGAGGUGGAAGCCCCAGAUUUGGACAUCCAGGGGCCUGAGGGAAAACUGAAGUUCCCCAAGCUGAAAAUGCCGAAAUUUGGGGUGAAGGGAGAGAGCCCCGAGCUGGAGGUGACGCUCCCGAAGGGGGAGGUGGACAUUUCGGCCCCCAAGGUGGACGUCAAGGCCCCCAAGGUGGACAUUUCGGCCCCCAAGGUGGACGUCAAGGCCCCCAAGGUGGACAUUUCGGCCCCCAAGGUGGACGUCAAGGCCCCCAAGGUGGACAUCGACGUCCCGAGCGUGGACGUGCAAGGGCCGGAGGUCAAAGGGAAAGGGCUCAAGUUCAAAAUGCCCGAACUCAACGUUCAGACCCCAAAACUCUCCAUGCCUGACGUGGAUCUGGGCUUGAAGGCUCCGAAACUGAAAGGGGACGUUGGAAUUGCCGGGCUGAAAGGCCCCAAAAUGGACGUGAAAGGCCCCAAAGUGGACGUGGAAGGUGCCAAAAUGGACGUGAAAGGCCCCAAAAUCGACGUGAAAGGCCCCAAAAUGGACGUGAAGGGUCCCAAGGUGGAUGUGGAAGGUCCCAAGUUGGAUGUGGAAGGUCCCAAGUUGGAUGUGGAUGUGCCUGAAGUGGAUUUGGAAUGUCCAGAAGGAAAAAUCAAAGGCCCCAAGUUCAAGAUGCCGAAACUCAACAUUAAAUCCCCCAAGAUCUCAAUGCCGGACGUGGAUUUGAACCUGAAGGGACCCAAAGUGAAGGGAGACGUGGAUGUGAACGUCCCCAAGGUGGAAGGGGACAUCAAGGGGCCGAAGGUGGACGUGGAGGUCCCGGACGUUCACCUGGAGGGUCCGGAGGCCAAACUGAAAAUGCCCAAAAUGAAAUUGCCUCAUUUCAACGUGUCCGGCCCCAAAGUGGAGGGGCCCGAGCUGGACGUGACCCUGCCCAAGGGAGAGGUGGACGUGUCCGGGCCGGAGGUGGACAUUGAGGGACCCGAGGUGGACGUUGGAGGAGCGGAAGGGAAGUGGAAAGGCCCCAAAUUCCGGAUGCCGAAACUGAACAUCAAAUCCCCCAAAAUCUCGAUGCCGGAUGUGGAUUUGAACCUGAAGGGACCCAAAGUGAAGGGAGACGUGGACGUGAACCUCCCCAAGGUGGAAGGGGACGUGAAAGUGCCAGAAAUGGACAUUAAAGGGCCAAAAGUGGACGUUGAGGUGCCCGGAGUGGCUUUGGAAGGCCCCGAGGGGAAGAUCAAAGGGCCCAGGUUCAAGAUGCCCGAGAUGCACAUCAAGACCCAGAAGAUCUCGAUGCCUGACGUGGACAUCAACCUGAAGGGCCCCAAGGUCAAGGGUGACGUGGACGUGUCGAUCCCGAAGCUUGAAGGGGACCUGAAGGGCCCUGAACUGGACAUCAAAGGCCCCAAAGUGGACAUUGAUGUUCCAGACGUCGACGUCCACGGCCCUGAGGGGAAAUUCAAGAUGCCCAAGUUCAAGAUGCCCAAAUUUGGGCUGAAGGGAGAAGGCCCCGAGGUGGACGUGAACCUCCCAAAAGGAGAGCUGGACGUGUCCGGCCCCAAGGUGGACAUUGAAGGGCCAGAGGUGGACGUGGAGCUGCCCGAGGGGAAGAUCAAAGGCCCCAAGUUCAAGAUGCCUGAGAUGCAUUUCAAGACCCCCAAGAUCUCCAUGCCCGACAUCGACCUGAACCUGAAGGGCCCCAAAGUGAAGGGAGAUGUCGAUGUGUCUGUUCCCAAACUCGAGGGUGACCUGAAGGCCCCAGACAUCGACCUCAAGGGCCCCAAAGUCGAUGUUGAUCUCCCCGAUGUGGAGCUGGAAGGCCCCGAGGGGAAGAUCAAAGGCCCCAAGUUCAAGAUGCCCGAGAUGCACAUCAAGGCCCCCAAAAUCUCCAUGCCCGACGUCGACUUCGGCCUGAAGGGCCCCAAGGUCAAAGGGGACAUCGAUGUCUCUGCCCCCAAGAUCGAGGGUGACCUGAAGGGCCCCGAAAUCGACCUCAAGGGCCCCAAAGUGGACAUUGAGACCCCCGACAUUGACAUCCACGGCCCUGAGGGAAAAUUCAAGAUGCCCAAGUUCAAGAUGCCCAAAUUUGGGAUGCCCGGGGUCAAGGCCGAAGGCCCCGAGGUGGAUGUGAACCUCCCAACAGGAAACCUGGAUGUGUCCGGCCCCAAGGUGGACAUUGAAGGGCCAGAGGUGGACGUGGAGCUGCCCGAGGGGAAGAUCAAAGGCCCCAAGUUCAAGAUGCCCGAGAUGCAUUUCAAGACCCCCAAGAUCUCCAUGCCCGACAUCGACCUGAACCUGAAGGGCCCCAAAGUGAAGGGAGAUGUGGAUGUGUCCGUUCCCAAACUCGAGGGUGACCUGAAAGGCCCCGAACUGGACAUCAAGGGCCCCAAAGUGGACAUUGAGGCGCCCGAUGUCGACAUCCACGGCCCUGAGGGGAAAUUCAAGAUGCCCAAGUUCAAGAUGCCCAAAUUUGGUCUGAAGGGAGAAGGCCCCGAGGUGGACGUGAACCUCCCCAAAGGAGAGCUGGACGUGUCCGGCCCCAAGGUGGACAUUGAGAUGCCGAGCGUGGACAUUGAGGGGCCGGAGGGGAAGAUCAAAGGCCCCAAGUUCAAGAUGCCCGAGAUGAACAUCAAGGCCCCCAAGAUCUCCAUGCCCGACCUCGACCUGAACCUGAAGGGCCCCAAGGUCAAGGGGGGCGUCGAUGUCUCCGUCCCCAAGUUGGAGGGUGACCUGAAAGGUCCGGAUGUGAAUGUGAAAGGUCCCAAGUUGGAUGUGGAUGUUCCUGAGGUGGACAUUGAAGGUCCUGAGGGGAAGUGGAAAGGCCCCAAGAUCAAAAUGCCCGAGAUGAACAUCAAGGCACCGAAAUUUUCUCUGCCUGAUGUUGACCUGCACCUGAAAGGGCCCAAACUGAAGGGAGACGUGGAUGUGUCUGCCCCGAAAAUAGAAGGUGAUGUGAAAGUGCCAGAUCUGGAGGUGAAAGGACCCAAAGUGGACGUGGAUGUCCCCAAUGUGGAGCUGGAGUGCCCCGAGGGGAAGAUCAAAGGCCCCAAGUUCAAGAUGCCCGAAAUGCACAUCAAGGCCCCCAAAAUCUCCAUGCCCGACUUCGAUCUCAACCUCAAGGGCCCCAAAUUGAAGGGAGACGUGGAUGUGUCCGUCCCAAAAAUCGAGGGAGAUUUGAAGGCCCCAGAUGUCGACAUCAAAGGCCCCAAAGUCGAUGUUGAUCUCCCUGAUGUGGAGCUGGAGUGCCCCGAAGCGAAGCUGAAAGGCCCCAAGUUCAAGAUGCCCGAGAUGCAUUUCAAAACGCCCAAAAUCUCCAUGCCCGACAUCGACCUGAACCUGAAGGGCCCCAAACUCAAGGGGGACGUGGACAUUUCCACCCCCAAGCUGGAAGGUGACCUGAAGGGCCCAGAUGUGGACAUCAAAGGUCCCAAAGUGGACAUCGAAGCUCCUGACGUGGACAUUGAUCUCCCCGAGGGGAAGGUGAAGGGCCCCAAGUUCAAGAUGCCCGAGAUGCAUUUCAAGGCCCCCAAGAUCUCCAUGCCCGACUUCGAUCUCAACCUGAAGGGCCCCAAGGUGAAGGGGGAUGUGGACGUGUCCCUGCCCAAGCUUGAGGGUGACCUGAAGGGCCCAGAGGUGUCUCUGAAAGGACCCAAAGUGGAUGUGGAUGUCCCUGACGUGGAGCUGGAGUGUCCCGAGGGGAAGAUCAAAGGCCCCAAGUUCAAGAUGCCGGAGAUGCACAUCAAGGCCCCCAAAAUCUCCAUGCCCGACUUCGAUCUCAACCUGAAAGGCCCCAAAUUGAAGGGGGACGUUGAUGUCUCUGCCCCCAAGCUGGAAGGUGACCUGAAGGGACCUGAAGUGGACAUUAAGGGCCCCAAAGUAGACGUAAACCUCCCUGACGUGGAACUGGAGUGUCCUGAAGGGAAACUGAAGGGCCCCAAGUUCAAGAUGCCCGAGAUGCAUUUCAAGACCCCCAAGAUCUCCAUGCCCGACAUCGACCUGAACCUGAAGGGCCCCAAAGUGAAGGGAGAUGUCGAUGUUUCUGUUCCCAAACUCGAGGGUGACCUGAAGGCCCCAGACAUCGACAUCAAGGGCCCCAAAGUCGAUGUUGAUCUCCCCGACGUGGAGCUGGAAGGCCCCGAGGGGAAGAUCAAAGGCCCCAAGUUCAAGAUGCCUGAGAUGCACAUCAAGGCCCCCAAAAUCUCCAUGCCCGACUUCGAUCUCAACCUGAAAGGCCCCAAAUUGAAGGGGGACGUUGAUGUCUCUGUCCCCAAGCUGGAAGGUGACCUGAAGGGACCUGAAGUGGACAUUAAGGGCCCCAAAGUAGACGUAAACCUCCCUGACGUGGAGCUGGAGUGUCCUGAAGGGAAACUGAAGGGCCCCAAGUUCAAGAUGCCUGAGAUGCAUUUCAAGACCCCCAAGAUCUCCAUGCCCGACAUCGACCUGAACCUGAAGGGCCCCAAAGUGAAGGGAGAUGUCGAUGUCUCUGUUCCCAAACUCGAGGGUGACCUGAAGGCCCCAGACAUCGAUAUCAAGGGCCCCAAAGUCGAUGUUGAUCUCCCUGACGUGGAGCUGGAAGGCCCCGAGGGGAAGAUCAAAGGCCCCAAGUUCAAGAUGCCCGAGAUGCACAUCAAGGCCCCCAAAAUCUCCAUGCCUGACGUCGACUUCGGCCUGAAGGGCCCCAAGGUCAAGGGUGACAUCGAUGUCUCUGUCCCCAAGCUCGAGGGCCCUGAAAUGGACAUCAAGGGCCCCAAAGUGGACAUUGAUGUUCCAGACGUCGACGUCCACGGCCCUGAGGGAAAAUUCAAGAUGCCCAAGUUCAAGAUGCCGAAAUUUGGUCUGAAGGGAGAAGGCCCCGAGGUGGACGUGAACCUCCCCAAAGGAGAGCUGGACGUGUCCGGCCCCAAGGUGGACAUUGAAGGGCCAGAGGUGGACGUGGAGCUGCCCGAGGGGAAGAUCAAAGGCCCCAAGUUCAAGAUGCCCGAGAUGCAUUUCAAGACGCCCAAGAUCUCCAUGCCCGACAUCGACCUGAACCUGAAGGGCCCCAAAGUGAAGGGAGAUGUGGAUGUGUCCCUUCCCAAAGUGGAAGGUGACCUGAAAGGCCCAGACAUUGACAUCAAGGGCCCCAAAGUUGAUGUUGAUCUCCCUGACGUGGAGCUGGAAGGCCCCGAGGGGAAGAUCAAAGGCCCCAAGUUCAAGAUGCCUGAGAUGCACAUCAAGGCCCCCAAGAUCUCCAUGCCCGAAUUUGACCUCAACCUCAAAGGCCCCAAAUUGAAGGGGGACGUUGAUGUCUCUGCCCCCAAGCUGGAAGGUGACCUGAAGGCCCCAGACAUCGACCUCAAGGGCCCCAAAGUCGAUGUUGAUCUCCCUGACGUGGAACUGGAAGGCCCCGAGGGGAAGAUCAAAGGCCCCAAGUUCAAGAUGCCUGAGAUGCACAUCAAGGCCCCCAAAAUCUCCAUGCCUGACGUCAACUUCGGCCUUAAAGGCCCAAAAGUGAAGGGGGACAUCGAUGUUUCGGUCCCAAAACUGGAAGGGGACCUGAAGGGCCCUGAAAUCGACCUCAAAGGCCCCAAAGUGGACAUUGAUGUUCCAGAUGUCGACAUCCAUGGCCCUGAGGGAAAAUUCAAGAUGCCCAAGUUCAAGAUGCCCAAAUUUGGUCUGAAGGGAGAAGGCCCCGAGGUGGACGUGAACCUCCCAAAAGGAGAGCUGGACGUGUCCGGACCCAAGGUGGACAUUGAAGGGCCAGAGGUGGACGUGGAGCUGCCCGAGGGGAAGAUCAAAGGCCCCAAGUUCAAGAUGCCCGAGAUGCAUUUCAAGACCCCCAAAAUCUCCAUGCCCGACAUUGAUCUGAACCUGAAGGGCCCCAAAGUGAAGGGAGAUGUGGACAUGUCCCUUCCCAAAGUGGAAGGGGACCUGAAGGCCCCAGACAUCGAUAUCAAGGGUCCCAAAGUCGAUGUUGAUCUCCCUGACGUGGAGCUGGAAGGCCCCGAGGGGAAGAUCAAAGGCCCCAAGUUCAAGAUGCCCGAAAUGCACAUCAAGGCCCCCAAAUUCUCCAUGCCUGACGUUGACUUCGGCCUGAAAGGCCCAAAAGUGAAGGGGGACAUUGAUGUCUCUGUCCCCAAGAUAGAGGGUGACCUGAAGGGCCCUGAAAUCGACCUCAAGGGCCCCAAAGUGGACAUUGAUGUUCCAGACGUCGACAUUCAUGGCCCUGAAGGAAAAAUAAAGUUUCCCAAAUUCAAGAUGCCCAAAUUUGGAGUCCCUGGCGUCAAAGCGGAGGGCCCCGAGGUGGAUGUGAACCUCCCAACAGGAAACCUGGACGUGUCCGGCCCCAAGGUGGACAUUGAAGGGCCAGAGGUGGAUGUGGAGCUACCCGAGGGGAAGAUCAAAGGCCCCAAGUUCAAGAUGCCUGAGAUGCAUUUCAAGACCCCCAAGAUCUCCAUGCCCGACGUCGACUUCAACCUCAAAGGCCCCAAAGUGAAGGGAGAUGUGGAUGUGUCCCUUCCAAAGCUCGAGGGUGACCUGAAAGCCCCAGACAUCGACAUCAAGGGCCCCAAAGUCGAUGUUGAUCUCCCUGAUGUGGAUCUGGAAGGCCCCGAGGGGAAGAUCAAAGGCCCCAAGUUCAAGAUGCCCGAGAUGCACAUCAAGGCCCCCAAAAUCUCCAUGCCCGACGUCGACUUCGGCCUGAAGGGCCCCAAGGUCAAGGGGGACAUCGAUGUCUCUGUCCCCAAGCUGGAGGGCCCCGAACUGGACAUCAAAGGCCCCAAAGUGGACAUCGAGGCCCCCGAUGUCGACAUUCACGGCCCUGAAGGGAAAAUUAAAAUGCCCAAGUUCAAGAUGCCCAAAUUUGGAUUUUCCGGGCCAAAAGUGGAAGGCCCCGAGGUAGAUGUGAACCUCCCUGAGGCCGACAUCAACAUUUCGGGCCCCAAGGUCGACGUUUCUGUCCCCGACCUGGAGAUCGAAGGCCCUGACGCGAAACUGAAGGGCCCCAAGCUGAAGAAACCAGAACUGCAGUUUAAUGUACCCAAAAUCUCCAUGCCCGACAUCGACCUCAACCUCAAGGGCCCCAAACUCAAAGGUGACCUCGAUGCUUCUCUUCCCAAGGUCGAGGGCGAGCUGAAAGGCCCCAAACUGGACAUCAAGGGGCCGGAGCUUGAGCUGGAGGGGCCCAAGGUUGACCUUGAAGCAAAAGGUAAAAAAUCCAGGUUUAAACUUCCCAAAUUUGGCUUUUCUGGCCCAAAAGUUCAAAGCCCUGAGGUGGACGUGAAGCUGAAGAAACCUGAUGUGGAACUGUCUGGCCCGAAGGUCGAGGUCCAGGCUCCGGAUUUGGACGUCCAGGCGAAAUCCAAGGGCUCCAAAUUCAAAAUGCCUUUCCUGAACAUUUCUUCCCCCAAAGUCUCGAUGCCGGACGUGGAGCUGAACCUGAAGGGGCACAAAGUGAAGGGGGAGUUUGAUCUGCCCACCCCGAAGCUGGAAGGGGAACUGAAAGGGCCUGAGGUCGACAUCAAAGGCCCCAAGGUCAACAUCGAGGCCCCCGACGUGGACGUUCACGGCCCAGAAGGGAAAAUCAAAAUGCCCAAGUUCAAAAUGCCCAAAUUUGGUGUUUCUGGGUUUAAAGGAGAGGGGCCAGAGGUGGACGUGAACCUGCCCACAGGAGAACUGGACGUGUCCGGUCCGAAAGUGGACAUUGAAGGCCCGGAGGUGGACAUUGAGGGGCCGGAGGGGAAGAUCAAAGGCCCCAAGUUCAAGAUGCCCGAGAUGCACAUCAAGGCCCCCAAGAUCUCCAUGCCCGACAUCGACCUGAACCUGAAGGGCCCCAAAGUGAAGGGAGAUGUCGAUGUUUCUGUUCCCAAACUCGAGGGUGACCUGAAGGGUCCUGAACUGGACAUCAAGGGACCCAAAGUGGACAUUGAGGCGCCCGAUGUCGACAUCCACGGCCCUGAGGGAAAAUUCAAGAUGCCCAAGUUCAAGAUGCCGAAAUUUGGGCUGAAGGGAGAAGGCCCCGAGGUGGACGUGAACCUCCCAAAAGGAGAGCUGGACGUGUCCGGCCCCAAGGUGGACGUUGAGAUGCCGAGUGUGGACAUUGAGGGGCCGGAGGGGAAGAUCAAAGGCCCCAAGUUCAAGAUGCCCGAGAUGAACAUCAAGGCCCCCAAAAUCUCCAUGCCCGACAUCGACCUGAACCUGAAGGGCCCCAAGGUCAAGGGGGACGUGGACGUGUCCCUGCCCCAGGUGGACCUGAAAGGACCCAAGGUGGACGUGGAAGUUCCCGACCUCGACGUGGAAGGCCCGAAAGGGAAAAUCAAAGGCCCCAAAUUUAAAAUGCCUGAAAUGAACAUCAAAGCUCCCAACCUCUCCAUGCCCGACCUGGACCUCAACCUGAAAGGCCCCAAGGUCAAAGGGGGGGUGGACGUCGAUCUGUCAGCACCAAAAAUCGAAGGGGACCUCAGCUUGCCGGACGUCGACAUCAAAGGCCCCAAGGUGGACAUUGAAGGCCCAGAGCUGGACAUUGAAGGCCCCGAUGGGAAGAUCAAAGGCCCCAAGUUCAAGAUGCCCGAGAUGAACAUCAAGGCCCCCAAAAUCUCCAUGCCUGACUUCGACCUGAACCUGAAAGGCCCCAAGGUCAAGGGGGACAUCGAUGUCUCUGCCCCCAAGAUCGAGGGUGACCUGAAGGGCCCCGAAAUCGACCUCAAGGGCCCCAAAGUGGACAUUGAUGUUCCAGACGUCGACGUCCACGGCCCUGAGGGGAAAUUCAAGAUGCCCAAGUUCAAGAUGCCCAAAUUUGGGCUGAAGGGAGAAGGCCCCGAGGUGGAUGUGAACCUCCCAAAAGGAGAACUGGACGUGUCCGGCCCCAAGGUGGACAUUGAAGGGCCAGAGGUGGACGUGGAGCUGCCCGAGGGGAAGAUCAAAGGCCCCAAGUUCAAGAUGCCCGAGAUGCAUUUCAAGACCCCCAAAAUCUCCAUGCCCGACAUCGACCUGAACCUGAAGGGCCCCAAAGUGAAGGGAGAUGUGGACAUGUCCCUUCCCAAAGUGGAAGGUGACCUGAAGACCCCAGACAUCGACAUCAAGGGCCCCAAAGUCGAUGUUGAUCUCCCUGAUGUGGAGCUGGAAGGCCCUGAGGGGAAGAUCAAAGGCCCCAAGUUCAAGAUGCCCGAGAUGCACAUCAAGGCCCCCAAAAUCUCCAUGCCUGACUUUGAUCUGAACCUGAAGGGCCCCAAAGUGAAGGGAGACGUGGACGUGUCACUGCCAAGUGUGGAAGGGGACCUGAAAGGGCCGAAGGUUGACAUGAAAGGCCCAGAAUUUGAUGUUUCUGCCCCAGAUGUUCAAAUCGAGGGCCCAGAGGGGAAGAUCAAAGGCCCCAAGUUCAAGAUGCCAGAAAUGCACAUCAAGGCCCCCAAAAUCUCCAUGCCUGAAUUUGACCUGAACUUAAAAGGCCCCAAAUUGAAAGGGGACGUUGAUGUCUCCGCCCCCAAGCUGGAAGGUGACCUGAAGGCCCCAGACAUCGACAUCAAGGGCCCCAAAGUCAAUGUUGAUCUCCCUGACGUGGAGCUGGAAGGCCCCGAGGGGAAGAUCAAAGGCCCCAAGUUCAAGAUGCCCGAGAUGCACAUCAAGGCCCCUAAAAUCUCCAUGCCCGACGUCGACUUCGGCCUUAAAGGCCCAAAAGUGAAGGGUGACAUCGAUGUUUCAGUCCCCAAGAUUGAGGGUGACCUGAAGGGCCCUGAAAUCGACCUCAAAGGUCCCAAAGUGGACAUUGAGGCCCCUGAUGUUGACAUCCACGGCCCUGAGGGAAAAUUCAAGAUGCCCAAGUUCAAGAUGCCCAAAUUUGGGAUGCCCGGCGUCAAGGCCGAAGGCCCCGAGGUGGACGUGAACCUCCCAAAAGGAGAGCUGGACGUGUCCAGCCCCAAGGUGGACAUUGAAGGACCAGAGGUGGACGUGGAGCUGCCCGAGGGGAAGAUCAAAGGCCCCAAGUUCAAGAUGCCCGAGAUGCAUUUCAAGACGCCCAAGAUCUCCAUGCCCGACAUCGACCUGAACCUGAAGGGCCCCAAAGUGAAGGGAGAUGUGGAUGUGUCCCUUCCCAAAGUAGAAGGGGACCUGAAGGCCCCAGACAUCGAUAUCAAGGGCCCCAAAUUCGAUGUUGAUCUCCCCGAUGUGGAGCUGGAAGGCCCCGAGGGGAAGAUCAAAGGCCCCAAGUUCAAGAUGCCCGAGAUGCACAUCAAGGCCCCCAAAAUCUCCAUGCCCGACGUCGACUUCGGCCUGAAGGGCCCCAAGGUCAAGGGGGACAUCGAUGUCUCUGUCCCCAAGCUGGAAGGUGACCUGAAGGCCCCAGACAUCGACCUCAAAGGCCCCAAAGUGGACAUUGAUGUUCCAGAUGUCGACAUUCACGGCCCAGAAGGGAAAGUAAAGUUCCCCAAGUUCAAGAUGCCCAAAUUUGGUCUGAAGGGAGAAGGCCCCGAGGUGGACGUGAACCUCCCAAAAGGAGAGCUGGACGUGUCCGGCCCUAAGGUGGACGUUGAGAUGCCGAGUGUGGACAUUGAGGGGCCGGAGGGGAAGAUCAAAGGCCCCAAGUUCAAGAUGCCUGAGAUGCACAUCAAGGCCCCCAAAAUCUCCAUGCCCGACCUCGAUCUGAACCUGAAGGGCCCUAAGGUCAAGGGUGAUGUGGACGUGUCCCUGCCCAGUGUGGAAGGGGAGCUGAAAGGUCCCGAGGUGAACGUCACCGCCCCCGACGUAGACAUUCACGGCCCUGAGGGGAAAUUCAAGCUGCCCAAAUUCAAGAUGCCCAAAUUCUCCAUGCCUGGGUUCAAAGGGGAUGGGGUGGACGUGGACGUGAACCUCCCCAAGGGCGAUGUGUCCGUUUCGGGCCCCAGGCUGGACGUGGAGGCUCCAGACCUGAGCAUGGACGGGAAAGUCAAAGGUCCCAAAUUUUCCAUGCCCGAGAUGCACAUCAAGGCCCCCAAGAUCUCCAUGCCUGACGUCGACUUCAACCUCAAAGGCCCCAAAGUGAAGGGAGAUGUCGAUAUUUCUGUUCCCAAACUCGAGGGUGACCUGAAGGCCCCAGAUAUCGACAUCAAGGGCCCCAAAGUUGAUGUUGAUCUCCCUGACGUGGAACUGGAAGGCCCCGAGGGGAAGAUCAAAGGCCCCAAGUUCAAGAUGCCCGAGAUGCACAUCAAGGCCCCCAAAAUCUCCAUGCCCGACGUCGACUUCGGCCUGAAGGGCCCCAAGGUCAAAGGGGACAUCGAUGUCUCUGUCCCCAAGCUGGAGGGGAACCUGCAGUGCCCAGAUGUGGACAUCAAGGGCCCCAAACUGGACAUUCAGGCGCCAGACGUGACCCUGGAAGGACCCAAGGUCAAGAUGCCCGAAAUUCACGUCAAAACCCCCCAAAUUUCCAUGCCCGACAUCGACCUGAACCUGAAGGGCCUGAAGGUCAAAGGUGACGCCGACCUGCACGGCCCCAAGCUCGAGGGGGGUCUGAAGGGCCCUGAGGUCGACAUCAAAGGCCCCAAAGUCGACAUCGAGGGCCCGGCGGUCGAUGUUGACGGUCUGGAAGGGAAAGUGAAGCUGCCCAAAAUGAAAAUCCCCAAAUUUGGCUUUAAAGGGGAAGGUCCCGACGUGGACCUGAACUUGCCCAAGGCCGAGGUGGAUCUGUCCGGCCCCAAGGUUGAUCUCAGCCUGCCAGAGGCCAGCGUUGAAGGUCUGGAGGGAAAAGUGAAAGGCCCUAAACUGAAAAUGCCCGAAAUGCACGUGAACGUCCCCAAAAUCUCCAUGCCCGAGAUAGACUUGAACUUGAAAGGCCACAAAACCAAGGGGGGCUUCGACGUCUCCACCCCGAAGGUGGAGGGUCACCUGAAAGGGCCCGAGGUCGACCUCAAAGGCCCUGAAGUUGACAUCGAAUGUCCCGACCUGAGCGUCGAGGGCCCGGAGGUCAACGUCAAAGCUCCCAAGUUCAAAAAAUCCAAAUUUGGGUUCGGGAUGAAAAGCCCCAAGGCGGAGGUUAUCCCCGAUUUACCCGAGGUGGAGCUGAACGUGGAGUCACCUGAGGCCCACCUGUCCGGGAAGGGGAAGAAGAGCAAGUUCAAGAUGCCCAAAAUCCACAUGAGCGGCCCCAAGGUGAAGGGGAAGAAGGGAGCGUUCGACGUGAACGCGGCGGGGGCCGAGCUGGACGCCGAGCUCAACGUCAGCGGCCCCGACGCCGCCAUGAAGUCCCCCAAAGGCAAGAAACACAUGUUUGGGAAAAUCUCCUUCCCUGAUGUGGAAUUCGACCUCAAAUCGCACAAAUUCCGUGGGGAGGUCCCCAAAGUCGAGGGUGACCUGGAGGCCAAGGGUGACCUCAAGGCCCCGAGCCUCAACGUGGAGGUUGAAGGCCCCGACGUGAACCUGAAAAGCCCAAAAUUCAAACUCCCCGGGGUCCAGGUGGGCACGGGGGACGUGAAAAUCGGGGGGGACCUGAAGGGCCCCGGGGUCGACGUCGCCGUCCCCUCGGUGGCGGUGCCGGACGUCGACAUCGGCGUGAAAGGACCAAAAGUCAAAGGUGAAGUUGGCGCUGCUGGAGCACAACUGGAAGGUCCCGAGGUGAAACUGGGAUGGCCCAAGGGGGGGAAAACGGGUUUGGGGCUGGAAAUGCCGGAGGUGAGCGCGGACGUGGACGUGAAGCUCAAAGGGCCCCAAAUCUCCAGGCCUGAGUUGGAGGGGAACCUGAAAGGACCAAAAUUAAAGGGAGAUUUGGACAUUUCGGGCUCCGCCCAAGGGCCCGGCCUGGACCUCGGCGGCCUGGCGGGGACGGUGAAGCUGCCCACAGCGAAGUCCCCGACGCUGGAGGUCAAGGGGGGCGUCCCCUGCUCCGUCCAGUCCCCAGGGGCCUCCCUGGACCUCCAGGGGCCCUCGCUGGACGUCUCCGGCCCGGAUUUGGAUGUCAACCUGAAAGGACCAAAGUUGAAAGGAGACGUCGGCGUCAAAACCCCGCAAACGUCGGCGGAAGACUCCGGCUACGAAAUUCUGGGGGGCACCAUCAAACUCCCGUCCCUGAAGCUGCCCCAGUUCAGCCUCUCCGGCCCCAGCGUGGACGGAGGGGACGCGGGGGUCACUCUGGAGGGCCCCCAGGUCAAGGGGGGGCUGAAGGGCUCCGGUUUGGGGCUGGAAGGGCCCGAGGUGGAGCUGAAGGGGCCGAAAUUCUCGGCGCCGGACGUUGACCUGAGGCUGAAAGGACCAAACGUGGAUGCGGCCGGAGACAUCAAAGGGCCCAAGGUCAGCGUGGAAGCUCCAGGCCUGGAAGUGUCCGGCUCGGGGUUGAACGUCAACGUCAAGGGGCCGAAGGUCAAAGGCGCAGCCGAGGUGACGCCGCCGUCGGUCAGCGCCGGUUCCGGAACCUUCCACAUCUCCUGCCCCAAGGUGGGCGCCGAUGGCGGCCAGGUCAAGGUGUCCUUCCCCAAGCUGAGGAUGCCGAAAUUCGUCUUCUCCGAGCCCGAGGCCAAGGGCCGCGAGGUCGGGGUGGACGUCGACUUCCCCGGCGCCGACGCGGCCGAGCCGGAGCCGGACGAGGCCGAGGCGCGGCUGAAGAAAUCCAAGCUCAAGAUGCCCAAGUUCAACUUCUCCAAGCAGAAAGGGCGCGGCGCCGCGCCGGGGUCCCCCGAGGCGUCGGGGUCGGUGUCCGGCUCCAAGGGCGACCUCAAGAGCUCCAAGGUGAGCCUGGGCUCGGCCGAGGGCGAGCUGGAGGCCGAGGCUCCGGCGGCCAAAGCCAAAUUCUCGCUGUUCCGCAGCAAGAAGCCGCGGGCGCGCUCGUCGUCCUUCAGCGACGAGCACGCGGCCGAGCCCGACGCCGCCUCCCGGCAGCCCAAGGGCAAAUUCGGGACCUUCGGGGGGCUCGGCUCCAAGGCCAAGGGCUGCUACGAGGUGACGGCCGGCGAGGACGGGGGGCGCGCGCCGGGGUCCCCCCUGUCCUCGUCCUGCGAGGGCGUGGCCCGGGGGGGGCUCCACGUGCCCGGCCUGGAGCUGGCGGUGACCACCAAGCGCAAGGAGUGACCGCCGGGGCGGGGGUUGUACAUAGGCCUGGACAUAGCAGGGACCCCCCGCGUGUACAGAGGGGGGGAGGGGCUGGGGGUCCCCCCCGGAUUUUUGGGGUCCUCCCUGUGCCAUGAGCUUCGAUUCUUUAUUCUCAUUUUUCUUUUCUUUUUUCUUUUUUUUUU